UAUUUAACGAAUUACAAUUAAAUUAUUUUCUAAAAUUUUAUUGAAAAAAUAUUUUUAUUUUACGUAUUCAUUGUUAUUAUCAACAUUUUUCUAUGAAAACAGACUUUGAAAAAUAAUGAACCAGGUGAUAUCAUGUACUAGUGAUCGGCCGGGAGAAGAAAAACCCGGGAAUCAGGAAACGGGAGAUGGGUCGGCUGAAUUUGAAGAAAAAUAUGGCCACAUAACGAGAUUCAGCAAAAAUACACAACAAAAACAAUUAAAUUCAAAAUUAGACCCUUUUUUACAAAAUUUAACUCCAAGCGGAUGUUUAAAAAAAGAAAAUGUAAAAAAAGUAUUUACUAAUCUUUUACCAAUUUUUGGUUGGUUGCCUAGCUAUAAAUGGAGGCAAUAUUUACAAUGUGAUUUAAUUACCGGAUUAACUGUUGGAAUUAUGGUUGUCCCACAGGGUAUGGCUUAUGCAACAUUAGCUAAAGUACCUCCAGUUUAUGGUCUAUAUUCCUGCUUUUUUCCUGCCUUCUUUUAUAUGUUUUUUGGUACUUCCCCGCAUGUUUCUAUUGGUACUUUUGCUGUGGCAAGUAUGAUGGUUGGGAAUUUACGUUCACAAUUAAUACCAGAAAAUGGAAAUAAUAAUACAAAUACUUUAAUUAUUGAAGGAGAACCCCUAACACCUUUAGUUUUAACAAGUGCUUUAACUUUUGGGGCCGGCAUAUUUCAGGUGUUUGAACAAAUUUAA